AUGGCGUGCGCGGGGCUGCUCACCGUGUGCCUGGUCCGGCAGCCCGCGCCCCGGCCCCCGCGGGCGCCCUCGCCGGCCCCCGGCCCCGCGGGACACGCGCUCUUCCAGGACGUUUUCCGCAGAGCAGACAAGAAUGACGAUGGUAAGCUCUCCUUUGAGGAAUUCCAGAAUUACUUUGCGGAUGGGGUUCUCAGCGCCCGGGAGCUUCGGGAGCUGUUUGGCGGCAUCGACGGGCGCUCCGCUGACAAUUUGGAAACCGAGAAACUGUGUGACUACUUCUCGGAGCACCUGGGUGUCUACCAGCCGGUGCUGGCCGCGCUGGAGUCCCUGAACCGGGCAGUGCUCGCCGCCAUGGACACCACCAAGCUGGAGUAUGAGCGGGCCUCCAAGGUGGACCAGUUUGUGACUCGCUUCCUCCUGCGAGAGACCGUGAGCCAGCUCCAAGCCCUGCAGAGCUCGCUGGAGGGGGCGUCAGACACCCUGGAGGCCCAGGCCCAGACCCGCGGGCCACGGUCAGACGAAGAGCGAGUGGAGGUGCAGAGCAAGCCCCGUGGCGGCCGGCGGGCGGGGCUCAGGGCCUUGCGGAGCGUCAGCCGGUCGCCCACCUGGUCUCCUGGCUCCUCUGACACAGGGCAGAGCUCGGAGGCCGAGAGGCAGUGGCGGCUCCAGGUGAACCGUCUGCAGGAGCUCAUCGACCAGCUCGAGUGCAAGGCCCCCCUCCUGGAGCCCCUGCAUGAAGAGGAUCUUACCAAGGGACCCAGCUCGCGCAUCCUCGUGUCCCAGAGGCAGGUCCAGGUGGCGGAAGAAUCUCUGCAGGACUUCUCCCGGGCUCUGCACUGCUACGUGGACUUCACAGGGGCCCAGAGCCACUGCCUGCAUGUGUCUGCUCAGAAGAUGCUAGACAACGCCUCCUUCACGCUGUACGAGUUCUGGCGGGACGAGGCCUCCUGGAGGAGGCACCAGCAGUCCGCCUGCAGUGAGGCCUUCCAGCGCAUCCUCACUGACCACCUGCGGGCUCCGGACACCCUCUCCACUGUGUUCUUCCCAGCCUCCUGGUGGAUUAUGAACAAUAACUGA